AUGCUAAGGUAUAUCACCACCGAGAACCAAGCAAUACCUCUACCUCGCUGCGCGCUGUUAUGGUCACCGUGGGUUGAUAUGACCAUAAAGGCUCUCUUGGAGAUGGAUCAACACCGCAAUUACAAGUCCGAUUACAUCGAAUAUGAUUUCGGUUCUUGGGGUGCUAGUAGCUAUAUCCCCCCUGGCUGGUCGGACAGUAAUCCCUAUUUGUCGCCAUUGGGAAGCGAGUACCGAUUGAGUGUUCCGCUUUUCAUUGAAGUUGGCACGUCCGAGGUGCUUUAUGAUAAUAUUGUGCUAUUUGCGCAUAAUAUGAGGGAGAAGGGCACGGAGGUUGAGUUGCGUGAAGCGACGAAUGGGGUUCAUGCGACUUUUGGUAUCGCGGAUACUUUGGGGAUGUCGGAGGUUGCUAUAGAUGGUCAUGCGCGGGGGGCAAGAUUCAAUGCCAGAACAGGUGGAGACUGA